AUUUACCCCAUGGCGGCUUCCCUCAAAACGGGAAACGGUGCCCUGUACCCGGGCGGCUGAGCAGUAUCCGGGAAACGGCGACGAGUCUGAGCCUGUAACGGAACUCGGUCGAAAACGCAGCCUCCUACCCCGAGUACGAGUAUGACGACCAGGACCGGCACAAUUCUUCAACGGCCGCUUCUCUCCAACGGCCUCAACUGCCGGCCCUCACCUCGAACCUUACCCUCACCUUAACCAGGCAAUCACAUCUCGUCAGUAGAGGCGAUGACAACCCCCGAUACAGCGGAUGACCUUAUAAGGGCGAUCAUCCACAUUGAGCGUCCUGUCUGGCCUAUCCUGGAUCGAGUCGAAUCCACGCUCUUCCGGCAUGGCAUCGAAGGCCUUGCCGACUGGGUGUUUCCAACCUCUCUUCCUCGUCUUCCUUCAAUGGAGACCCUCUUCACCGCCGUAAUCAUACUCCACGUACUUGAAGAAUUCACCGUCCUGACCCCAGGCGAGGGCACCCACAACGACCUUCUCGACAUUUGCGCCUGCGGGGCAACCGGUCCUGUCACAACCACCGCAAGCUCGACGAUGUAGGUAACGUGGAUUACAAGUGUGCACAUGGGAGUUGCCCAAAUCAGCCCGGAGGCCGCAUUGUUGGUAUCGGUCGAAUAUUCGGGCUGUGCUGAGACGCAGUGGCUUUGUCGCCCCUUUUCUUUUCUUCCGUGGUGUCCCCGUGCUUCUUUCCAACAGCAGCUGAUUAAGAUGAUUGAGGCGGCUUACACAAGGUGUGUCAUCUUCAGCAUGCCUACGGAGCAUUUUUACAUCGGCUCUACUAUCAAGUACGUAAUGACCGGC